AUGGCGGGGCGGAUAAGAGAAGUGUGGGCCGAGAACCUCGAGUCAGAGAUGGCGCUGCUGCGCGAGACGAUCGACAAGUACCCCUACGUCGCCAUGGACACCGAGUUCCCUGGCAUCGUUGCGAGGCCCAUUGGCACCUUCAAGGGCUCGUCCGACUACCACUACCAGACCCUGAGGUGCAACGUCGACCUGCUCAAGCUCAUCCAGCUCGGCAUCACCCUCUGCGACGAGAAUGGCAACCUGCCCCCAGAAGUCUGCACUUGGCAGUUCAACUUUCGCUUCAGCGUAAACGAGGACAUGUGCGCACCGGAUUCGCUCGACCUUCUGACAAAGGCGGGCCUCGACUUCGACCGACACGAGCGCAUGGGCAUCGACGUCGAGCACUUUGGCGAGCUGCUCAUCACGUCGGGGCUCGCGCUCUUUGACGACGUCAAAUGGGUCUCGUUCCACAGCGGCUACGACUUUGGCUACCUCCUCAAGGUGGUGACGUGCAGUCCGCUACCGGCACAGGAGGCCGACUUCUUCGCGCUGCUUCGCAUCUGGUUCCCGUGCAUCUACGACAUCAAGUUCCUCAUGCGCAGCUGCAAGACGCUCAAAGGCGGCCUCCAGGACGUGGCCGACGACCUUCAGGUCAGCCGCAUCGGCCAACAGCAUCAGGCGGGCAGCGACAGCCUGCUGACGGCGACGACGUUCUUCAAGAUGCGGCAAAAGUACUUUGACGGGUCCAUCGACGACUCCAAAUACCUCGGCUGCCUCUACGGCUUCUCUUCGAGCUCAUCGCACCUCAACGGUGCAGUGCACUACAACCAGAGUCAGACCCAGAAUCACCAGCACAACCGACCCUCGAGCGUUCAGAGCUUCCACGACGCUGUACCUCGCUCCAUCUCUGCCGGCUAUGGGCCAGGCAACGGAUCCGGACUGCCCACGCCCAACUUCAGCAGCCCGUACAAGAGCUCCCUGGGCGCCAUGGGAGAUCGAUGA